CGGCGGUUCCUUAUCAAGAAUUUUCCCUCCGUCGCGCUCUCUCACGCCUUUCAGGUUUUCUCCGGCCGUAUCACUCUGCUCGUAACUCUCCCCGGCCUGCUCGUGUUUCGCAUUGUCACGGUUCGUUUAGGCAAAUGACGAGUUCGUCGGAAGCGAGAUUUCCUCUGGAUGCGAAAGGUUACGAGCUUAUAGAGAAGGUAGGAGAUGGUGUUUACAGAGCUCGAUGCAUUCUACUUGAUGAGAUUGUGGCCAUCAAGAUCUGGAACCUUGAGAAAUGCACCAACGAUCUGGAAACCAUAAGGAACGAAGUUAAUAAAUUGAGCUUGGUGGUUGAUCAUCCGAAUCUAUUGAGGCCGCAUUGCUCUUUCUUAGAUAGUAGUAGCUUGUGGAUUGUGAUGCCUUAUAUGUCGUGUGGCUCCUGCUUUAACAUAAUGAAAUCAGUCUGUCUGGAAGGUCUUGAAGAACCUGUGAUUGCUAUUUUCUUGCGGGAGAUCUUAAAAGCUCUGGUUUACCUUCAUGGACUAGGACACACCCAUGGAAAUGUUAAGGCUGGGAAUAUACUGGUUGACUUAGAAGGAACUGUUAAGCUCGCUGACUUUGAAGUUUCAGCAUGCAAUUUUGGGAAUACCUUCGUUGGAACUUCAUGGUGGAUGGCACCUGAGGAGGAUAUGAAGCAAGAUGAUGGAUAUGGUUUCAAAGUGGAUAUCUGGUCGUUUGGCAUGACUGCCCUGGAACUUGCCUAUGGCCAUUCCCCAGCGAUACUACCAUUACAAAAAUCUCCUUGUCUUGACUAUGAAGAAGACCAGAGAUUCUCUAAGUCUUUUAGAGAGUUGGUUGCAGCUUGCUCAAUAGAAGAUCCAGAAAAUUGUCCAACCGCUUCAAAACUACUGGAAUAUCCAUUCUUUCAACAUGCUCAUUCUACUGAAUACUUGGCUAGUACAAUUCUUGAUGGCCUCUCCCCUCUUGGUGAGCGUUAUAGGAAGAUGAAGGAGGAAGAGGCCAAUUUGGUUAAAGGUAUAGAUGGUAACAAGGAGAAGUUAGCUCAGGAUAUACAGGAAAAAGUUGAAGCGCAGGUGUCCUCUGGGAAACCUGCUAGCUCUGUGAACUCUGUUUCUUGCGAUGCUGCUCAAAUCCUCCCAUUGUUACAGAAUCUCCUGAUACAGAAUAAUAUGCAAAGGGAAAGGCUAAUUGGUUUAAUUGAACUCUAUGAUCCAACUACUGGUAAGUUUUCUGUUCUGUCUGUAUAUUUUGCAUCUUCCCUGCUUUACAAGUUCCAUGAUCUGAUCUUGAUUUUUGUACAGAAAUCAGAGUUCCAACUGUCAACACAGAAGGCGGGCAGAUACCAACAACAGAGACAGAUCUAUUGUCUGAGGUUCACGUUUUGCAGCAGAGCGUUAAGCAGCUUGAGGAGGAGGUUGAGAAACAAAAAGCAGAAAAUGCUCAGCUAGAAGAACAGAUCAACCGCUUGAUGAGGAGCAGUGAUCCUUAAAAGCAGAAUUGCUGUGGACUACUUCUUGAAGGGAGACACUUCGUUUGUGAAUACUCAAUACUUUUAAAAUUAGGACUUGGUGGGUCUAAAUCACACCAUUAGACAUUCGCUUACAGAGUUUAUCAUUCAUCUAUAUCAGAUACAAGAAUGUAAAGUUUCAGUGAACAGCUAAAAACUAUAGGAGGGCUCUUUACAAGUUUCAUAAAGUCGUAUGUAUAUAAGAGUACCUUAUAGCAAGGUUUUAACACUCUCAUUUUUGCUUGACCUUC